AUGUACUUAAAUUUACCGCUCUGGGAACCAUACUUACAACCUGGAAGUCAUAAUUUUAGCAAGGGAGCUAAUUUUGCAAGUGCUGGAGCUGGUGUUCUUGAAGAAAGUAGUCCAGAUAGGCUUUACAGCCAAAAACAGCUAAAGUAUUUUAAAGAGGUGGCCAAUUUACUGAAGCAGCAACUCUGUGAUGCAGAGGCCAAAAAGAUACUAGCCGAUGCAAUCUAUUUGUCUAGCUUUGGAGGCGUUGAUUGCAUGACUUUCAUCAGAAGUAUUUCUAAUCCUACCGAAUUACAACAACGGGAACAUGAAAUAUAUGAAAUGGGAGGGAGGAAAUUUACAUUUCAGAAUGUGGGACCUUUGGGCUGCACACUAGGAAUGAAACAAGAGUACGAUCUUAGUGGUGGUGCUUGUGUAGAAGUGCUCCAAGAAAUCGCUAGUCUUCACAAUAGUCUUCUGACACAACCCGUCCCGAAUUUCCUCAUCCCGUAG